CGACAUCGCAGGCGACGGACUCGUCCCUCGAAAGUGUGCCAGGAGCGCGUGCGCGCGCCUUCAAGCAAGCAGUCGUAGCGUACGUUGCAGUGGGGGGCUGCACGUCGACAUCGCCGGUCAGGCGCUGGGUCAGCCGAGUCGGCGUGCUUCGAGCCUCCUCAGAUUUCCUCGACUCUGUUAUUAAGCGUGAAACUCCUUUCCCGGGCGCAGUUUCGCUUUCAUAAACACUCGCUCCCGCCGCUAGUUUCGGUUUAUUCGAAGCUUUUCCGAGAACUGCGCGCGCAUCUGAGCGUCCAACACCUGCCUUAUCACGAGCUUCGCGUUCCUGACCCACCCCGUCAUUACCAUCGAGUGCUUUCAACAGGUGUGCAGUCUUUAUUUUUUUUUCACUCUGUUCCUCUCUCGGUAAAACGCCAGAGAAUACUGGACGGCGCUGGUGGUUUUCGUCCGUGUGGUCUGGAGUUCGUCGACGGCUUCUGAUAUCACCGCAGCAGCCGGGCCUGCUUUAUCUCGUUCCGGAACACAAGACAAGGCGUCGUCGAAUGCCGAUGACGCUUCCAGGGUAUCCACCUUGAGAGGAGAGAAAAAGAAAAGAAGAGGAAAGAAACAAAAACACGCAGACUUCCCGUUUUUGUGGAAGACAGCGGGAACGCGCCGUGCCCAGCAAGCGUGGAGUAGCCGGCGGCUGUUAUGCCGGCGAACUCGGCGCUGUUAUGGCUUCGCAGUGCGGUGACGUUGAUACUGCUGUUGAUGUUGCUGCCGGAAUUGCCGUGGAUUAACACCGCCGUCCUGGCAGAGACGACGAGGGAGUCUGUGCCAGUGGUCAAGGGCGAGCGCGGCCAGGACACGUGGCUGCCGUGCGACGUGGACUCGGAGCACGACGACAGCCCCGCCAAGGUGCUGUGGUACGCGCCGGCGACGGCCGCCAACUUCAGCGGCGGGGAGCGCACGCCCUUCUACAUGGUGGAGGACACGCAGCGCAGGGGCAUCUGGAACGGGCAGCACGCCAUCGGGGUCCACUGGGCCGGCCGGGCCUCGUUUUCGGUGUCCCGCUCGCCGGCCGCGCUGCGCCUCUCGCGCCUCGAGCUCUCCGACUCCGGCGCCUACCUGUGCACGGUGGCCUUCCACGGCGGGGCGCAGCGAAACUCCACCGUGCGACUCGUCGUGGGCGUGGCCCCCAGUGUGCCUAUCAUCAUGACGUCAGCAGGCACAGCGGUUGAAGGCACCAUAGGACCGUUCAUGGUUGGCGAGUCACUGAGUCUCGUCUGCUUAGUGGAGAAAGGCGUGCCGGUGCCCACGGUGACGUGGCGUCGCGACGGUGCCGAGCUGAUGCGUGAGACGGACCCCGGCUCACGUGACCUCGACGGCGUGGUACGCAGCUCCAUCGUCAUCGACACCUUGACGCGCGAUGACCUACUCAUGGAGCUGAGCUGCGAGACCAGCAACAUCAUUGGCGGACCCUUCGAGGCGUCCGUGCUCGUCGACCUGACGCUACCACCUGUAUCGGUCAAGAUACUUGGUACGCAUCGGACUUUUGAAGUCGACGUCUCUGCGGAGUUUCGCUGCGAAGUAGUGGGGUCGAGGCCUCCGCCAAAGGUGUCGUGGUGGCUGGACGAGCAGCGCUUGGAGCCGUUCCUGACCGAGGAGAAGGCCAACUCGACGACCACGUCACUGCUGCUCGUCCUCACGGCUCGCGCAGACAAGGCGACGCUCACGUGCCGCGCGCUCAACACGCGGCUGCUCGGGGAGGUGUGGGAGGACACGCUGCUGCUCAACGUCUACCACGCGCCCCACGCGAGCCUAUCGCUGGGCCAAGGGCUGCACCUGGAGCGCAUCCACGAAGGACAGGACGUGUACCUGGAGUGCGCCAUCCGGGCCAACCCGUGGAUCAGCGACGUGCUGUGGACGCUAGACGGCGAGCCGCUUGAAGACGUCGCCCUCACCGCCGCCACGCAGAACGGCUCCUCCUUGGCGUCCGCGACCGUGCUGGCGGCAUCCGGGGGCCCGGGGUUCACCCCGCAGCCGCAGACGCACGUGCUCCUGCAGGAGCAGUACCUGGUGCUGCGCAACGUCACGUCCAAGUUCACCGGCAGCUACGCCUGUCACGUCCGCAGCGCGAGGGGCGAAGCUGUCAGCAACUCGCUCGACCUCCGUGUCCAGUAUGCACCACGCUGCAGAAAAGGGAUGCAGGAAGUGUUUCGGUACUCGACGUCUCGUGAGGAGCUCUCCAUCCCGUGCGAAAUGGACGCCGACCCAGAAGACCUCACUUUCCACUGGAUUAUGAAGAACAACUCAGAGGUGCGAGACCUUUUGACAUUCACGACCAACGGUAGCCGGAGCGUGGCUCGAUACAAGCCGGCCGUCGCCACAGAGUUCGUGUCGCUCGUCUGCUGGGCCAACAACUCGGUGGGAUCGCAGAGGCAACCCUGCACCUACUUCGUCGAGCCACACGGUGCCCCGAAGGCGCUGUCCGGCUGCGAGGUGGUGAACCAGGCGAUGACGUGGUUCUUCGUGCGCUGCUCCGAGGACGACUCCGAGGACCGGCCCGUGGGCCAGGAGUGGUACCUGCUCGAGGUGUUCCACGCGGACACGGGCGCCCCACUGGGCAACGUGAGCGCCCGCGGCCGGCCCGUGUUCCACGUGGACGACAUCCCGCCGGCCACCGAGUGCCUGGCCCUCGCGUACGCCGUGAACGAACGCGGAGGGCGCUCCGAGCCGGCGCGCGUCGUCGUGCAGGCGAUACCGCCGCCUUCCAAGUUGCUCACCAGCGGAGCCGUGCCGUCCGAAGCGAAGAACACGGCGCACCUGCUGGCGCUCACCGUCCUACUGCUGCUCCUAAGGCAGGCCUCGCUAUCAUGCAACUCUGGAUGUUCAUCCAAAUGCCACUACAGCUGCCUCGACAUCAGGUGAUCGACGUCGGCCCGGAUAAGCGACGCCGCGAAGCGCCUCUAGCAAAAAGGAACCAAGCCAAGGAACAAAGAAGGAGCGAGCGCAUUGCCCAUCGUGACGACACCGCCAGCCACCGUUCGACGUGUAUCAAGCGUCGUUCGCUGAGCCCGUUUAGAGAGAUAGUAUAGGGAAACAGUGACACACACUGGCGAUGGUGACCCGUGCCUAGCCCGUGACGAGAACGCUCGACGCCGCCUCAGAACUGUGUUGUGUGUGCCUUAUACGUGGUUAGGAGGACGCCGCGCUGUGAUUGGUGCGGACCUGGCGGUGUAUGUGUGUGCGCGCUGCUCCGUCAUCCCCGUUUUCUUUGCUCCUCUAUUUUUUUUUUGUCUCUAUUUCUCUCGAUUGCGAGCGCCCAGGGCGAGUGGAUGGAAGUUGCGCCGUUGUGUUUGUAGCGGUAAUUGGAUGCGAUGUGCAGCGGAGCGGCGUGAAACAGAGGGCACCGCCUCAGGCUGCGGUGAGGUGGCGCCUGCGUUUCUCGGCAGAAAUAAUUGACGUUGAAAGUGGUUCGGUGUAGCCUUCGGCAGAUUUUUCUCCGUAGGUCUACUGGUUGUACCCAGGUCCGACUGGACUUGUUGGCCAGCUACAGUCAGGAAUGCAGCGCAAUCGCUGACGGUUCUGUCAUUCGUGCGCUGCGAGCCGGUCUGCACGUCGUACGAAGCCUUGCAGAGCUAAUCGUGUGUUCUAAAUGUUGAGUAGUAAUCAACAUUUGAGCUUCAGCAAGUGCAGUCAAGUUGCAUAAAAAUGACUAGCUAGCACAAAAGAAAUCUGAGCUAUUCAUUUGAAGCUUCGAUGUUUUCAGCUAACCUCGCGUGAAGGAGCACAAGCAGGCAAUAGCUCCCACCAACAGUUUCAGCGGACCACCUCCUCUUCUUAAUGAAGCAAUGACAUUUAUUUUUCCGGUAGAAAGCUGUUUAAAUUGUGGGAGGGGUGCAAAUUCAGUUAGGACAGCUCAUAAAUUACUUUAAAUUACCCCAAUGUAUCUACAACAUAAAGAACGUUUCCGAACAUUUUACUUAGUUUUCGGCGCCAUUAUAGCGUGAUCGUAAAAAUAAUAGAGACUAUAUUUUAAUGGAGCCAAAGCGACUCAAUGUAUAUAACGCGCUAGAUGUAAUGUGUAUAAUUAAUGUUGCCGAACCAAACUACGGUUAGAUCUCUCUAAUAACGAUGCCAACGUGUGACUCUUCCCAUUUGAGGUAGAGUUUCAAACGCAUGGGGAAUUCGUCUUAGUCAUACAAGACAUUUUUAUCGAAAGCCGUGCCGUGACAUCUUCCUGAUAUUGACAGGAUAUGUGUAAAUCGAGCGUUAUCCUGGUUGCCUCCAAUUGUUACAGUACUUGGGCAU